AUGGCUUGCAACUUGAAUUCAUGGUUUUAUCUCAUUUGCUUCUUCUUCCUGGCUGGACUCGCCACCUCCUCCUCCUUCAUUUCCAAUGAUGCACUUGAUGUUCAUGGAGGUUCUGGCCGUGCCCUCCUUCAGAUGAAAAAAACCUGCAACGUGAGCUUUGAAAAUUUGGACUACAGUGUCCUCACAGACAAGUGCAAAGGACCCCAAUACCCAGCUAAGCAAUGUUGUGAUGCUUUCAAGGAAUUUGCUUGCCCUUUUACGGAUGCCAUUAAUGACCUCGAAUCCGACUGCGCUACGACCAUGUUUAGCUACAUAAACCUCUAUGGGAAAUACCCUCCUGGCUUGUUUGCCAACGAGUGCAGAGAAGAUAAGAAUGGUCUUGAUUGCCAAAAUGUGGAACAAUCUAAAAAGAGUGGAGGGGUUCAAAUUGCAGCCACUCAAUCCUCAUUGUUGAUGCUCACAGCAGGACUCAUAUCGUUGUUGGUUCAAUUGUUCUAG